AUGAUAGAUUUCUUAUAAGGAUAUUAUUCUUUAGAAAAUAAAGCAUUAAGCCAAUCAGCAUUAAUUGAUAUACAGAUAGCUGAAUAAUUUGAAAUAGACUAAUCGGAUUAAAAACACUUACCUUUUGGAAUUUGGUCAAAAUAUAAUCCCUUAGGUCAUGCCAGUUUGAAGGAUGCUUAUGGCCUAUUCGACAGCAACUGUUUUUAAAUAAUAAACUCUGUUGAUUAUGCAACUUAAAGUUUAAAUUUUAUAUAAUAUGAUUGCGUCUAUGAUACCACUAAAGAGAUCAAAAAAUUCAUCUAAAUUGGAUUUAGCUAGACUGAAUAGUUUAUAUUUUCAUUAACUAUAGAACCCUCUGAAUAUGAAGAUAUUUGGUAUUUUUUUUCCAUUAUAACAAAUAUUUCGAAAAACAGAGUAGAAUUAGCAAUUUCCUCCUAGCUAAAUGAGAUCUUUAAGGAAACUCUUGAACUUAUAUUGCCUAAUAGAGACUAAAAAUUAUUAUUUACUUUUGGUGGGAGUUUAAAAGUAGAGAAUUCAAAUAUUGUAUUAAUUGAGUAAGGAAGAAUAUUCUCACUUUAUCCUGGUUAAUUAAUUGUAUAUAACUUUGAGAUGAAGAGAAUAUCAAUAGAUUUUGAUUUUUGGUUUGAAAUUACUUAAUUUUAUUAGGAAAUAUAAAAUUGUGAAUGUGUAACAGAUUUAAAUAUGAGCGAUGUUCAUUUACUUUUUCUAGAUCUAUAGACAAAUACUUUAUAAAAUGUAAAUUGCAAUUCAUACACUCUGGCUGGAUGGCUAAGGAUAUCAUAAAUUUAUUAAUCUUCUGAACAAUUAAUUUAUUAGUUCUUGAAAAUAAAUACAAACGUUGAGGGAGGGGAAAAUGAAAAUUUAGCCACUUUUCAGCUUAGCUAUCACAUUUCUUCAAUUCAAAAUAAAAUAAUAAUUACAACAUAUAAAUACGAUUUUCCUUCUGUUACUUAAGACUUUUCAGAUGAUCCAUUUUUAAUUAAAAGAGAAUUAAUAAUUUAUAAUACUAUUACUUCAUGGCAAUAUAUACACAUAAAUUUGCAUGAAAGUGUCUUAGAUUUCUCUAUCAUAUUUUAUGAAGUUUCAAAUACUCAAUCAUAUAAAACCAUAUUUGAUGUUAAGUAAUUCCAUAAUUAAUAAUUGAAAAUUACUUAUGGAAAUAUUUAAUAAACAAAAUUAGAUUAUUUAGAUGUGAUUGUAAGACGUUUGCUAUUUAGCAACUGCAUGCAAGAUUUAAAAUGGCAAAAAUGUCAUUAGAGCUGUAAAGAAUGUGAUGGACCCACUAAAUAUGAUUGUUUAAGUUGUUCUGAGGAAUCGAAAAGAAUAUAUAUUCCAGAAUUUAAACAAUGCGAUUGUCAAUAUGGUACCAUUGAUGACAACAACACAUGCAUUGAUUAUAUGGACUAAUAUCUAUAUUUAAAUCUUUAGUUAAAUGUCAAACAAAGAAAAACCUUAAACUGUAAAAUGGGAUACUUUGAAUUAGAUGGAGAUUGUAUUAAAUGCCCUUUAAGAAUCUAUAGUGAUUUCUUAAUUUGCCUUGAAUGCUUUAGCAAUCCAGAUGAAUGGUUUCUACAACCAUAUUGCAGUGAAAAUUUAGAAUUUACUAAAGUAUCAGGUAAAUAUGAAAGACCGAGCGCCUAGAAUUUUUACUUACAUGAUUCUUCUGACUUAAUCUCAACUAAUAUUCCUUGGUAUGAGUUUAAAAGAUAUAGUAUUUAAAAUGAGCUACUUCUUUAUGAGCGAUUUUUAAUGAGCUCAUAGAUUUUUUUUUCUUUUUGUAAUUCAUAUCAAUAGCAAUCUACUAGGUAUGAUGAACAUUAAUGCUAUGCUUGCAAUAUUUAUUUUUGUGAAAGUUGCGGAUUAACUAUAAAUAAUGGUUUUUUUUGUUUAAAAUGUAAUUAUCAAGGAGAACUUUUUAAUGGUACAUGUACCCAUUAUGAAAAGUUUAAUUAUACAUCAUGUUAGCCUCCAUAUUAUGCAUCAUUUUCGAAAAAGUGUGAGCUAUGCCCAAUAGAAAAUUGUCUAUAUUGUUUUGAAUAUUUCGAUGAUGGUUAAUUCUUAAUGAGUAUUGAAAUAUCAAAUAUCUAUCAAUAUCCACAGAAAGCAUACAUUGGUUGUUUGUUAUGUGAAAAAGAUUAUAAUUUUAAUUUCUACCAUAAAAGAUGUAUAAAGAAGGCUCCUUCUAUAAAGAAUUGUGUAACAUCGGUCACAAAAAUAUCAAAUAUAGAAAUAUGUUUAACAUCUAGUUUAGAUCAUUUUCAAGUUUCAAGAGAGAUUAAUCGUUGUAGUUCAUUAUUAUCGUAUUGUUCUGUGUGUUUUAUUGAUUACAAUAACAAAAUAACAUGCUUGAGAUGUGAAUCUGGUUAUGUGCUAUUUGGUGGAUUCUGUUAUUAUGGUGAAGAAGAAAGCGCUUAUUUUUUAAAUGAAUAUUGGAAUUUGAAAGUGAAAAGUUUUUUGAUUAACUUUUAUUAAUAUUAUGAUAAUGUUAAGCCUCCAAAAUUACAUCCAUGUGGUGGUUAUUGUGAAAGGUGCAUAUAUUUAUUAGGAGAGUAUUAAUGUGAAGAAUGUUAUUUCUAUCCAAAAAAAGAUGAGGAUGAUUAUUUAAGGAGUUACAUGUGUAAAUGUUGUUAACCAUAUUGUUUGAUUUGUCAGAGACGAACUGAAAGAGAAAUCUCAGUAAAUAUAAGAGAUUAUAAAUAGGUUAUAGCACCCUUCCUUUCAACGACAUAUUACAAUACGCUAUAUACAAAUGAAUGUCUAUACCCUAUUCUAGGUCCUAAUAUAUUUUACGACCUUACUUAAGAACUACUUAGUAUUGUUUGGAAGGGAUUCAAAAUGAGUUACAUACGAACUCUUAAAAUGAUGUGGUUUGAUAGAUUCCAAAGAUUUCAUGAUAAGGAUUCGAUAGAUUUUUGA